AAGAUAUUUAAGUGUACCAUUGCUCAGUUAAUCAAUUGUUACCAGCGUUUGCGUUGUUGUACAAUCCAAUGUAACUUUCAAUGCGCAAUGUUUUAGAGACAAAAGUAGCUCCUUUUCAAUCUCACAGUAAGUUUGGAAACAGCUUCCACUUUAUUAACAGUUUUGAUACUUUUCUUCAUGUAACCAUAUUCAUCAUUUUUUUUGAUAAAAUAAUCCAAAUAAUCCAUGUGAAAGUUGGACAAUUUUUCACCUUUAAACCGAUCCUCAACUUGACCAUUAAAUCUCAAAGUUUGGUUUCCAUCUUUACCCAAUUCUUUCCAUCAUAUUUGGUUAUUUUGUUUUUUCGUCAACAACUUCUGUCAAUAGUAUUUACUAUCAAAGUAUUUAUAGCAACAACAUGGUUUAAACAUUUUUUGCUCAUCAAGUGAAACAAGGAAAACCGUUACAGAGAAUAACAAAAGAAGAACAUUUUUAGUUCUAAAAAUAAAGCAAAAAAACUAGGUUUUUCUUGAUUCUACUUUUCAUGUUCAUGUGUUUUAAUGUCACCAGGAUUGCGAUUGAUUUAAAAGUUUGACCAAAAAUGUACCAAUUGCCUCAUCAACACCAACAACAUCACAUUACAUUUGACAAUGAUGGAAGUAUUCCAGUCUUUUAUCGAUACCAAUAUGAUAGUGACUACAAUGCGAUAAUCAACAGUAAAUGUGUUUCCACAAGCUCAACCGAUGGACCAGUGAAACAAGAUGCAACCGAUGAUAAUCCAGUCAAAGAGGAUUCCCUAUCAUUUACCUAUCCUCUAAUCUCAUUCCUAUUCUCUCUCCUUAACAUUACCAUUAAUACAACUCUAGUCUAUUUAUUUUACACCGAAAAUCAACAAGCAUGGUUCAUAUUGACCCUCUCUCUACUUGUAAUACCCUUUCUAAUGGUCAAUAUUUUUAGCAUCAAAUGGUACAUUCAAGAUUAUCGUACAACUGAACCUUGUGCACCUCGUCGACCCAAAUUAACUCUAUUCCAAUGGAUUCUGAAAAUAUUUGCUCAUCUUUUGCUGAUUGGACAUCUUUUCAGAUACUUUGAUCUAUUAUUUUUUACUUAUAAAUGUUAUUCUUUGAAACGUAAAGAGGAAAGUAAAAAGUGUAAAGAAGAUUUUUACCUGAGUAUUCUUCAGCAUUCAGCUAAUUUGACACACAAUUCAACAACAAUCAACUCUAAACCUGUCAAAGAAAAUAAUGAAUCCAUUGAGUAUGUAAAUUACUAUCUACUAACUAUUAAUGAAGACCGGGAUACAGCUUUAUUAUCAUUAAUUAAAAGUUUCUCCCAAUCAACACCAAUAGUUAUACUUCAAACUUAUAUAAUAGCAUCUACAACAACAAAUUUAUCCCUCCAAAGGACAAUAGUUAUGCUUCAAUUAGCCUCCAUUUUAAGUUGCUUAGUAUUGACCAGUUGGUCGUUGGCCUCUUACCAUCGAGCCCUUCGUCGAUCGAUACCUGAAAAGGGCAACAUGAGCUCGUACGGUGUAAUCUUGUCCUUCCUUUGGAGACUUGGUACAUUAACUUGUCGAACCAUGUCCAUUGGACUUUUUAUAUCCUCAUUUUCCUAUUGGAUAUUACCCAUUGCAAUUGGCCAUUGGGGAAUCAUGACCAUUUGGGUGAUGCACCAGGGAACCCAUUUUUGUCGCCAUGAGCAAUCUGAAUAUCUUUUCAACAUGAUACUCGGUCUUCUGUAUUUAUUUGAAUUUCUUAACAUCAAAGAUGAGCCUACACGGUAUAAAUAUGCUGCCUAUUAUUGUAUUAUGGUAAUUGAAAAUUUAAUCUUAACAGGUUUAUGGUUUAUUAAGGUAACUCACCUUGAAUCACCAAUUCAUCAUUUAUCUGCAUUGACAAUUUAUACUGGAUUAGCAAGUGCCUUUGCCCUUGGAAUUGUAUUCAUGUUAAUCUAUUAUCGCUUCGCUCAUCCCAAUGGUAAAUUAUUGUGGGUUAAUAAAGCAGCUAAAUGUUGUUGAGCCACAUUUUCAAUUUCCAACUCCUUUGUAACAAAUGGUUAACUGUUCAUUGAAAUUUGUAUCCAUAAUGAAGAUGUUAACCCUUUCUGUUUCUUUCCUUUCAUUUCUUCGAUCUCUCUAUCUCUUUCUCUCCCUCUCUCCAUUUACCUCACUUACAACGCUUACAAUGUAAAAAUAUAACAGAAAAAAAUACAUUCAUGAUGUUUAUGAAUGAUGAUGAUAAUGAUCAACAGAUGAUGAUGACAAUAACAUUAAUAACAAGGUCGUCGUGCGAUUAAAAAAUGAAUCGCAUUUUUUUUAUAUGCAUGAAAUUUAUUGAUGUAACACUCUUUUAAAACGAAAAUAAACUAAAUUAAAUCAAAAAAAA